CUGCGCUGGUGUCCUCAGGUGCAGAGCCAGAGCGUGAUGCUGCAGCUGGACUUCGGCGACAGCGUGUGGCUGCGGCUCCACGGGGAUCCGCGCUACGCCCUCUACAGCAACACGGGCCACUACACCACCUUCAACGGCUACCUGGUCUACCCGGACACCUACGGCUACCAGACCCACCGCCACCCCCAGCAGCACCCGGCCUACAGCCCCCAGCAGCCCCAGCGCGACGCCACCCGCCCCCCAAACGCCCAGGAGCUGAGCAAGCCCGGGGCCAUGGCCGGCCAGGAGGAGGAGGAGGACGAGGAGGAGGAGGAGGAGGACCAGAGGUCGGCCUUCUCGGUGGGGCGCACCCAGAGCAUCCUGGGGGUCAACCAGGCCGGACUGCCCCAGCACCAGCCGGUGAGCUUCGACACGGCUUUCGUCAACAUCGGGGAGGACUUCAACGUGACGGGGGGCGUGUUCAGCUGCCGCGUGCCCGGGGCCUACUACUUCUCCUUCAACGUGGGCAAGCUGCCCCAGAAGACGCUGUCGGUCAAGCUGAUGAAGAACCACCUGGAGGUGCAGGCCAUGAUCUACGACGACAGCCAGGGCGAGAAGGCGCUGCAGAGCCAGAGCCUGAUGCUGGCGCUGCGGCCCGGGGACACCGUCUGGCUCUACUCGCACCAGCGCGACGGCUUCGGCGCCUACAGCAACCACGCCAAGUACAUCACCUUCACGGGCUUCCUGGUUUACCCCGACAUGGUCUCCGACCAGCGGCCCUAA